AGACAACCGUGUUCAACAAAUCGGCGUAUUUUAGGCUCUCGACUUGAUUCAUGCACCAGCGGCAUCCAGUGUCGAUUCUCGGUCUCGACUGCUCUCCGUUUGACACGUCAACAGCCUGCACGAGGUCUGUCGCCACGUAUUACGAGGGCUCUCAAUACCGCCGCUCUGUUUAAUAUUUUUGUGCCAUUUGAACCCCUCGACAAGUGAACCACAAGUCAUGUUGACUUUGCCAUCUUCUUUCCACCCUUUUUCCAUCCGACAUCAUCUAGAAUGAAUGGAGCUGAUCCUCGGCGAGGAGGCUGGCAGAGCCCAGGACAUCUCUGACAUUUUCAGCAGUAUCAGACUUCAAGACCCAGACCAUGUCCAGGAAAUCACGUUGGCAAUCACUGCCUUGAACAACCUCAGCUGGGGCCUCCGCGAACUCGCGGGACAAAUUGACGCCGCGGAUCGCAAAAUCUCUCGAUCGUUCGCCAACGACCUCGACUUGCUACAAAGCAGUGUCGCCCUCACCCUCGAAGAUGUCUGGACCAUCCUUGGCAAGAUCCCUCGAAAUCCCACUGGCGCGGAAUAUCGCAAAGCCUGGAAGGAAGUAUGUCAAUAUUGCGUUGACAUGGGAAAACAAAACUUUCACAUCCGUAUCGAUCGCUACAAACUCUUCAUCUACGCGCUGUGCAAAGUCCUGCAAAGGCAAACCUGUAAUAGGCGCCAAUUUGAACAUCUACGCCACGAAAUCGUUGAUCUUCGCAAUCUGCAACUCGAUAACCGACAAUUGAUCUCUGCGUCCGAAGCCUUGGAGAAUCUCGCUUUGGUUCCAGCUCAGCCUGCAAUUCGGCAACCCAGGUCACAGGAACGCGUUCGACCGACCACCUUGAGACCGACAUCUCCUACCUCGUCCCAUGAUAGUUAUGAGUCAAUGCAACGACAGGCAGUUCCCUCCCCACCCGGAUUAUCGCCUACGACGACAUUCUCCACCAUUAGUCAGACUUCGAACUCGAGCACUGAGGUUUCCACGGACCAUUGGGCAUCCAAGGUCUACAAGAACCUGUCGUCGACGCCGCUGGAAACAGCCCCCGAGACUUCCCGUUGUUUCGGAGGGGUGUUGCGGAGUGGACGUAGCUGGCCAGAAAGGCAUGAGUUUGAACCGAUUCUCAAAUUAAAGUUUCCGGGCGGACUCCAGACUUCGUUCCACUGGCGGCGACGCGACUAUAAAUGCAAACUGCUUUGCGAGUGGGUAGAUGGCAAGCGAGGCCAGAGAUGGUCAUGCAUGUCACUAACCGACCUACACGUGCGCCGCAAGGGUCCCUUCCUAUACUUCUGCCGACCGACUCCCGAGGCUGUCAAUACCGUAUGGACCAGUCUGAAGUUUACUUCAAUUGAGUGGCUCAUCAUUUAUCAUUGUACUUUUCUGUCACUGCGAUCUCACGACAGUACCAGAUCCUUGGACAAUCGCCUGGACCACGACUUGUAUGGGGAGAAAAGCAUGUUUUCUGGGGCGAUCCGAGAUAGUGGCUACAAGCAUGCGUUGAGGGUAUAUCACGAUCGAGGAACAGGUGCCUUACGGCUUGAAGCAGCGGUGCUUGAAGGCGAGAUGCAGAAGUAGGCCGCAUAUGAAAAUGGAUCAUGGUGAUGGUGUUGAUGAUGCCUGGACUGACCAUCGACAUAGUACUCCGAUCUGGACAGCGUUCAUCACCCACCGAAUCACAUCCCCGACGUGGUUCCGAUACAUCAAGCGAAGCUCGACCGUCUACCUCGCCGAACUACAACGCCACAUCUUCUCAUCCGAAUACACACCCUUUAUCGCAGCCAACGGCGAGCACUUUCUGGACUUUGAGUUGGUUCAAGGUAGGUCUGAAUCUGGAUAGUUGUCGCAGCGGAUUGUAUGUCGUCUCACCCGCCUGCAGAUGCCGAAGACUUUGUCAAAACCCUCGAGGACUUUGGUGAAGAGUAUCGCCGCAUGGGGGAGAAGACACCGAAGUGACCAGCCCGUAGAAACUCCAAAUGAUGACCAUGACGAUGCGAUACGAUACAUGAUGCACGAUGCACGAAUUUACGACUCGACGACAAUGGAACCUUAAGGCGGCCAAAAUGACACCCAUGUUUCUCAUGUAAUAGCAAGUGUUUUGAAAGCGGGAGGGCUCUGUGUGCAUGUCGGAAUUCUUUACGAUUCUAGUCAUUCGUGACCUGUCUUCCCAGCUCAUCCUUUUUAUGGUUCUUCUUCUUGUGACACAUGUUUUGAUAGCCCGCUUCAGCAAAGGCGGAGGGUCUCAGUACGACCGGAAGAAUGGAAGAAUUUGUCCUUAA